AUGGCGGACUCUCUCCUCAACUCGCAGCUAUCGAUCAGCUUCGAAACAUACCUCGUCCACAAGAUCCCACCAAAUCCGUCAAUGGGUAUUGACUUGCUUUGGGCGGAUGCCAGAUCAUGGGUGAAGGUGGUGCAGGACGGUUACGAGUUCUUCGCAUCCAAAAAAAUGGUGACCAUAUUCUCCGCGCCUCACUACUGUGGACAAUUCGAUAAUUUUGCAGCCACGAUGAAG